CCAGCUCACUUGGCCUGUGACUCAGGAGCCAGAAACAUGUUCUUGUGCUGUAUUCGCAGGUCUCGAGACUCUGGUCUCAGCCAAGAGAAGUAUGGGUGCCUCAGUCAAAGCUGUAGACACUGGAUCAGUGGCAAGCCACGAACCAACCAUCUCAGAGAUUUGUCCAAAAAGAAACCUAGGAAAUCACAAGGCAACUCAGGCAAGUGUGCCAAUGAGUCAGCCCUGACCCUGAAUGUGCCAUGCAAUAUAUGGAGCCUGGAGGCAGGCCUGCUGGACCUGCUGGUGAUGAACCUGGUCCCUGCCUACCAGAAAGGCGAUCUCUUCUAUGUUGGGAACUUCCUCCACAAUUAUAGACAGUGGGCGACAAUGGAGCAAGUGCUGGCUAUUGUGUUUAAAAAGUACAGAUUCCCGGGCCGUAACUUCGAGGAAGAUGAACAAGUAAAGAACAGCCUUUGUUCCAUCUUCACCAUGUGGAUGGACUGCUAUCCUGCAGAUUUCCGAGAGCCCCAGAACCGACACCCGGUGAAAGAACUUACCCACUAUGCCAUGUUCCACAUGCCCUCCUCAGAUCUGGUCCUCAAUCUCCACGUUCAUCUGGAUGAGCUGGAGGAGACCGGGAAGAAUGAGACCAAGAAACAGAGGAAGAAGUCCCUGUGUGGUCACCUCAGAGCUUGCUUUGGCCGCCAUAGAGCAGCUUCUCCUGAUGUGCCAAGAAAGAAGCCCUCGGUGAUGUCCGGGAUGGUGAUGGAUGGAGAUCUGGAGCCAUCACUGGACUCCACAAAGUCUCGAGACUCUGGUCUCAGCCAAGAGAAGUAUGGGUGCCUCAGUCAAAGCUGUAGACACUGGAUCAGUGGCAAGCCACGAACCAACCAUCUCAGAGAUUUGUCCAAAAAGAAACCUAGGAAAUCACAAGGCAACUCAGGCAAGUGUGCCAAUGAGUCAGCCCUGACCCUGAAUGUGCCAAGCGAUAUAUGGAGCCCGGAGGCAGGCCUGCUGGACCUGCUGGUGAUGAACCUGGUCCCUGCCUACCAGAAAGGCGAUCUCUUCUAUGUUGGAAACUUCCUCCACAAUUAUAGACAGUGGGCAACAAUGGAGCAAGUGCUGGAAAUUGUGUUCAAAAAGUACAGAUUCCCGGGCCGUAACUUCGAGGAAGAUGAACAAGUAAAGAACAGCCUUUGUUCCAUCUUCACCAUGUGGAUGGACUGCUAUCCUGGUGAUUUCCGAGAGCCCCAGAACCGACACCCGGUGAAAGAACUGACCCACUAUGCCAUGCUCCACAUGCCCUCCUCAGAUCUGGUCCUCAAUCUCCACGUUCAUCUGGAUGAGCUGGAGGAGACCGGGAAGAAUGAGGCCAAGAAACAGAGGAAGAAGUCCCUGUGUGGUCACCUCAGAGCUUGUUGUAAGAAUGUCUUAUGA